UGGUGCCGCGUGUCUCGACGCAAGUCUGCCCAGUGCCCUAGUGACCAAAAGCCCUGUUCGCAGUGCGAGUAAACACGGCGUCGAGUUAACUCGCGUCCAACUCUUUUUUUCCCACGAUUCUCGUUCAGUGAUCCUUUCACGGCAAUCGACUACGUUGAAUUGUACUGGACAAAAAGAAAAAAGAAAAAAAGGAAAAACGACAGAGCGUGACCGCGUAUAUUCGCAAUAUUGCUAAUGCGGCCGUUUCGCGACACCAGCUUUGGAGGUUUCUUGCCAAUUUCAACAACAAGACCAGUGCCAAUGUUCGUGCUCGUGUCAACGACUCCUAGUUUUAUAAUAAUGAAAUGAUCACAGUGUGUAAUAUCCGCGAGAUACGCAUGGAUUGUUUCCUAUAAACAGUUUGUUUCGCUACAGUGCUGUUACUUCGUAUAAAUCUUACUUAAAUUUGCUGUAAAAUUUCUGCACCCGAUCAGUGAAGUGGUGAAAAAAAACUUUGUGAAACUGUUUCUUGAGAGACAAUCGUUCGUUAACGUAUAAUACACAUUAUAAAGUAUGCGUGUGAUUACUCGCUGAAGCAACAACUUCGGUUGUAAUCAAACUUUAAACCUGACCCCCCCCCCCUCUCCCCCUCACUAAGCGUUGACGCUAAUUUAUGCCAUACUUCAAGUAAGUGCGUUCAGCACGCCAAGAUGAUUGCCGGCGUAAAUAGUUCUCUCACAAAUCCAUCCGACGAGAGAUAGUCGAUGAUCCUAGCCUCAUCACUUGCUGCGAUUAUGUUUAACGAGAUGACCGGGAUGAGACAACCGGUCUGAAAUUAACCAACAGUGCAGGCUAACAACGCAAGUCAGAAAAGUGCUUGAAUGUUCCCUUGAAUAAAUGGAGGAACUGCUAGCUGGGUUGUUGCAGGCACCGAUUCUUCUUCCACCCAAAGUGGAAAGUUCGGCGCUGCAGCUGGUAUGUCCGCUGGAGUCACGUCCCGUUCAACUUGUCUACCGGAAUCUCCAGGUGGUCAAGGACAAGAGGGCUCUCCUCCGCGACGUAUCAGGGGUCGUCAAACCGGGAGAGCUACUCGCCGUCAUGGGACCGUCAGGCUGCGGGAAAACAACGCUGCUGAAUUGUUUAUCCGGACGAGUUGGUCUGGACGGUGGUGAGAUUUGGCUAAAUCGAGAACGUCUUACGAAGAGGUGGCGCCGAAGGAUAUGCUACGUUCAGCAACAGGACGUCUUCUUUCCGGAUCUCACCUUAAGGCAAACACUCGAGUACCAGGCUCGCCUCAGGCUGCCAGACACGCUUUCACACUCUCAGAAGAUGCAGUGUGUAGACCACAUAAUCGAGGUUCUUGACCUCGCCGCCUGCCAAGACACAAUUAUUGGAGACUACACGAAACGAGGCCUUUCCGGCGGCGAGAAGAAGAGGACAAGCAUCGCCUGCGAACUUCUCACCAAUCCUUCUUUAAUGCUCCUCGACGAGCCCACGAGCGGACUCGACUCCCAUUCGGCCCAGGCUCUGAUCUCCCGGUUGAAGAAGUACGCCGAACAAGAAGGAAAGAGCAUCGUCGUCACGGUCCAUCAGCCCAGUUCGCGAAUGUUUCACAGCUUCAACAAGCUGCUCCUACUCAGCAGAGGCCAGGUAGCAUACUACGGGCCGACGAACAACAUCGGCAGAUUUUUCUCCACCAUCGGCCUCACCUUACUCCCGCAUUACAACCCCGCUGACUUCAUACUCGAACAAAUAAAGGGACCGGAAGAGGUUCGAGAGAGGAUAGUGGCUGCGGCUAGGGCGGCGAGGCAGGGAAUCGACUGCCCGUUGGAACUUCGACCAGACUACAACCCCAGCCAGCAUCCGCUCUGCGAUCACCUGAUCCAUUAUCACGAGCACCAUAUCACCCACAAUGGAAACGGAGAAUGCAAGGACAUUACGAACCGAGGAAAACUGGAUAUGUGUGUGGUCAUUAACCCCCCGAACCACAACACCAGCAGUCACGUUUACAGCGCGAUCGUAAAGGAGGAUGACGGAAGGACCCUUUGGCUCGAUACCCAAAGUCACGCGAGUAGCAGCACAAGUUCUUCGGACGACGAUUACUCCUGGCACUGGCCAACGAGCUUUUGGUCUCAGUUCAAAGUACUGUCUGAGCGGAACUUCCAAGAGGCCAGACCCAGGAUGCUGUCCCGGCUGAACUGGCUCCAGACAGUCGCGUUGGGUCUUUUGGCGGGUCUCCUUUGGCUUCGCCUUCCAAGAACAGAGGCCGCCCUCCACGACAUCCAGGGAUGGAUGUUCUUCAGCACAACUUACUGGAUGCUGUUCGCCCACUUCGGAGCGCUCUCUAGUUUUCCUCCCGAACGCGAGGUAAUCAACAAGGAGCGUCUCUCGGGAUCGUAUCGCCUCUCGGCUUAUUACCUCGCCAAAAUGGUCGGCGAGUUACCGUUGACAAUCACACUACCGGCGGUUUAUCACAUAAUCAGUUAUCCAAUGCUGGGUUUUCACAGUCCGGCUGUGUUCGUCACUCUUCUGGCGUUUCUCCUGCUGAACACGGUCGUCGCCCAGAGCGUGGGCUUCUUCGUGGGCGCCUGCUGCCUCGACCUCCAAGUCAGCAUAACGGCAUCGGCGCUCUACACUCUGGGGACGCAAUUACUUGGCGGGUAUCUCGCCACCGCUGUACCCCCGUGGCUCGCCUGGGCGAGAUACGCCAGCAUGGUUCACUACGCCUAUCAGAAUAUGCAGAUACUCGAGUUCGGCGUCGGGGAGCCAAUCAUGUGUGCCCAACCGAGCAAGUUUUCCGAGUGCAAGAACGGAACGACGAUACCGGUAUCGGCGAUCUUAGAGGGACCGGGCGGUGCUGCCGGUCCUGGGUUGCCGUUGUGGGCAAACACUGCGGUUCUACUAGCAUUCUUAGUCGUAUUCAGGACGCUAGGAUACCUAGUUCUACGUUAUUAUCGCGUACCCAAGUGAGCGUAAUAAUGAAACGCCACCUAGAAUCCAAUUUUGUACACAAGUUUUCACGGAUCUUUAUUAUUAUAAUAUACUAUACUGAUAUCACUGUUAUAAAUACAAUGUAAUAAUGCGAAGAUAUAGUACUCAGCAAUACGAUUUAAUGGAUAGUAACGCGUUGGAGGGUCCGAUUAGACGAAGAAAAAAAAAUUAUCGUAGACGAGAUGGAGAAAACGAUGUUUGACGUUGUCGUAAUUUUUUUUCUUCUUUCGGUUCCUUUUUUUUCUCUUUUCAUCGUGGUAAGAAUGGUAUGAUCAUUAAAUAUUGCCAUGGCGUGAAAACAAUGAACAAAAAAAAACAAAGACAAUGAAUUUGAGGAAAAAACGAAAAAGUAUGGAAAAAACAUGCUGAAAAUCGACUGACAUUUUUACGAGCGAUGGACAUUUUUAAAUGAUUUUAGGAUAGACUUAAUGUAAUUUUAAGUAUGUAAUAGGUAUAUCAUAAUACAUAUUAUAUGGAUAUGUAUAAUAAUAUAAGACGCGGAGAAGCGUUAAUAGUGAAACAUUAUGCUGCCAACUUUACAAUAGUAUCAAUUCUCCUUACAUUGCAUAUAUUUAUAUGUGUAAUGUGAGUAGUAUAUAAACAUGUAUAUUCACGUAACUUGAUCACGGGCUAAAAGUUCAGAGAGAAGAAGAGAAAAAUAUCCAAACUAAACUGAAAGAAAAUGAAGAAAAAACAAUAAAAAAUCAACGUAUACUUAUAUGAAAUCAUUAAUCUGUACAUAUAUACAUAUAUAUAUAUGUGUGUGUGUGUGUCUAUAUAAAACAAAUUGUACGCGAGUGGUAUAAAAAGAUGUGAGAUCGUUUGACCAGUUGCGGAUAACAAAUAAACAGUGAAAGCGAAAGACCGAUGUCAGAUGCUUACCUAGAUCCUCUCCGGAUUCUUAAGGACGUUGAGUUGCUGUCUUGUUCGCAGUUCACUUUGCUCUGGCAUUAAUGAGUCCCGUCACUGAUGUCACUCUGAUUCGAAUGAGAUAAAUCGAAGUGUUUAAACUUUGUUCUCACUUAAAUUCAAUUCGUUUCACUUGACGCAUUAGAUCAAAUAUUACGCUACGUAUGUACAUGUAUAUGUAUCUAUAUAUGUAAGAUAUAUCCGCGUACAUAGUAGUAGACCUGUCUUACAAUAAUAAUAAUAAUAAUAAUAAGAACAACAAUAACAACAACAACAACAAUAAUAUUAUUAAUAAUAAUAAUAUUACAUCGGACCGUUUAAUAUUAUAAUACAAUAUGAAUACUUUACUGGAAUAUUUAAACGAGAGAACACAAGGAAACAAAACAAUUGUUUAAACAAAGAUUUGGCUGUGUAAACAUUGUAAUAAUUAUUGAUUUUUAUCAGUUUUUUACUUAAAAUAUUUAGAGAGAAAGUAGAAGAGCGACAGAAGGAAAGAGAUAGAUAGAGCGAGAGAAAGAGAGAGAGAGCGAGAUAGAGUGAGGGAGAGAUAGUGAGCGAGAGAGAGAAUAAAUGACUGCUUUUUAUUAUCGAGCGAGUGAAUGAUGAUAAAUAAAUUUCGGUGGGGCGUUUGACGGAUAAAUGAUCCGCUUUGCGGCCGGAAACGCGAAUGGGGGGUAAUUGAUGAGUAACGGCGCGUGAUUUCGCCUGAUUCGUGUUAUUGAGACCCGGGUUUGAGUCAAGGUUAUUUUAUUUCUUUUUUUUUUUUCAUUUCGAUUUAUCCUUACCUUUUAUUUCUUAUUUUUCCUUGCUACCCGUCAGCGGCUAACGCGGUGACAUGAUCAGAAAGAAAGCGCAUAAAGUUUAAAAAGACAAAGUCUAAGGUGCAUAAAAUUUCGAAAUAAGACGAAUUGUAACACUACUUUAAUCUCUCAUUCGCUACGAAAUUUCUUCUUGCGUGCCUUCAGAUCUUCCGUCUUUCAACUAAAUUUGGCUUAUCUGCGUGUCGAUUACAUUGCGAGCUUUGUGCUAUUUUUGUCAGCGUCACUGCCAUUGGUUUGAAGCUGCACGACGGUGCUGUAUUCCUUUUUCCUCGGACUACAUUUUACGGAAGAGAUGGCGUACAUUUAUUAUGACAGAUAGGGGGAAAAAAAAACAAACUUCUGACCACGUAUAAAAUUCGAAAGUAAAUGACAAACAGAGGGAAGAAUAAGACUUAGCUUUGCUACAAGUGCAGUCGUUUAAGGAGCAGCUAGCAAAGAUCGCGAUUUAUAUUUAAACGUACACUGAGGUAAACUUGAUGAAAACUUUUUUGACAAUAUUAUAAUGAAAAUUUUUAUUGACCAACUAAAUCCCAACGGAGGUAUGACAUAACGUCACAGUACUGUAUACCUUCCGAUGGCAAAAGAAAAAUAUGAAAAAUCAAAUAAAAAUAAACAUUGAAUAAUUGAAGUAAAGUAGUUGAUAUUAUGAAACCUACACGGGCGUUUUUGUCGAGAAAAUGAAACCGCUACGAGCGAGGUGCUAUUAAUUUAAAAGUUGGAUCAGGAUUUGGUACACAGGUAAAUACGUCGCUGAAGUUUGCAGCAGCGAUGGAGUGAUUAGAAGAAGAGAUAGAUAGAUAGAUAAAGAAAGAGGGAGGAAGAUAGAGAGAAACGUGCGAUUGAAGGUUCUGAAAUUCAAAAACCUACGGAAGCUCCACGUCUUUGCGCGGUUUUCUUCUACUCUUUUUUACACUUUAUUGUUAAACUUUAUUUUUAAGUCGUUUAUUUUGAGGAUUCCAUUAACGUUUGUAUGAUGUUUAUAUACGCGCACGUAUAGCCGUAUAUAUAUGAUAAAUAUAUGAUAAAUAUAUACAUAUAUAUAUCUAUAUGUGAGCAGAAAAGCAGUGCCUUUUUUUAUUGAAAAAAAAGAAGAAAAAAAAAAACUUUAAAUAGAGAUGUAAAUUGUGCCAAGCAAAACUAACGAAAGAAAAUAAAGGAUAAAAACGAAAUUAGAGUGAAAAUUUUAGCAAAAUUGAAAAAAAAGCGAAGAAACAUAAAUAAAUUCCGACAAAAUGAAAACAAAAAUAUCGGUAAUAACAUAAAAAUCGUAAUGAAACGGAUUGUACGGAUAUGCAUGCGUACUUUGAAGAGGAACAUGACUGAAACAUAUGUAAUGAGAACUGCUGCAGACGGAUAAAAGAGAAAUAGGAAUGAUCACAAAACUGCAAAAACGAAAAAAGUAUGUAAGUUAAAGGAUACAAUAUACGAUCGGUAGUAAAGUAUUAUAUUAUGUUUUUUUUUUUUUUUUUUAUGGUCGACAGGCGCAAAGAAACGAAAUAAAACAAAAUUGAUGAUAAUAACACUAAUGUUCCGAUGUAUCAAGUCAGGUCUGCAGGGUUGCAUCGAAAAAUGAAAGUUUUUGUACAAUAACAGGCGAUAACGAACAGAAAACAUAAUACGACGAUUGAAUAAGAAACACUAGUAAAUUGUCAUCACGUUUUUUUGUCUUUUCGUUUUUAACUGGUUACCAGUACGCAUAGGAUAACAUCUUAUAGUUUCUCCAUCAGUUUUAAUGGCAAUCAUGCGAACGAUACGGUAGAAUACGCCACGGAUCUCUGUUUUCAGAAAAAUCAAUCAUGUAAUGAAUAAUGAAUUAUUAUCUAAUAUACCAAGUGGUGUAAAUAACAAGGAUUAAUCACUGUUCAAUCAAUUCCGCUCGACUCUAGAUAUACAUAUAAUAUAGAUAUGUAUACUCAUGUAAUAAUGUAAUAAUCUCUCGUAAACGUUCGCUAUACUAUUCUGCAUUAUACAAUAUAUACAUUGACUAUCGCGCGUUGUAUCGACGUGUAAUUGUAAUAAACAUUUAUUGUGUAAUAAAUAAUACGCAUUAUACACAGCCACAACGACACGCACACACAUUUACACAAACAUUCAUAAUCCAGUAUGCAUUAUGUACCAACCAACUAAUCAACAAAUCAACAUAUUUAUACACGCAACAUAAUGUACUAUAUUAUUUUUACUUUAAUAUUGACCAGACGUUUACCUUUGUACAUAUAACACACACACACACACACACACACACACACACACACACACACAUAUAUAUAUAUAUAUAUAUAAACACACAUUACAUUAUUACGUACAUACAUAAUACUGGAGCCGUAACGUGUAUUACCAUAUAUGUAUGUGUAUGUAUGCACAUGGUACUACAUAUAUAUUACAUAGGAUAUAUCUAUUAUUAAUAUUAUUAUCGUUAUUAUUAUUAUCAUUACUGCAGACAUAUAGAUUAUUGUAAAAGAUCAAUGAUCAUAUUAUUCCUGUUGUCUGAGUAGCGGAUAUGGUUCGCAGCACUGCCUAGAAAAAGAAAUCAUUUGUAGCUUGUAUCGAACUAUUAUCAUUAUUAUUAUGAUUAAUAUUAGCAGCACUAUUAUUAUCAUCAUCAACGUUUAUUUUAUAUUAUGAUAAUAAUAAUCAUGCGAUUUAUUGUAAACAUUAUUAUUUUUAUUAUAAAAACAAAAACAAUGUUUCAUUUUAAUCACCGGAGCCCGUCCAGCCUUGGCCUCGCGUGCGUUGAAGUUCACGAUACGCGGUAUAAAAAAUAAUGUUAUGUACGCCAAAGCGGUCAGUUGGCGUAACUUAAUUUACGUUUUAUUAUCUCCCUUUCUAUGUUUGCGCCCUUUUCGAUAUAUUUGAGGGAUGACGAGUCGGGGCAUGCGAGGACAAGGCGAUGACCGCAUAUUAUUCACCACAGCUACUGCAGUCAUAACGUGUGUAUACCAUAUCUGCAACGGUGUAUGAAAUUUUAUGACAAAGCGUGUAAUACAAAGAUACAACUAUACAAUAUACAUAAUAUACGUCACAUAUUGCAGACUAGAAAUGGUUUUACUCUAUUAAAUUUAUUAGAACGAUAUUCAAGGAGGAUGUACUAUAUACUCCGAGAAACUUUUAUCAUAUAAUCAAAGAAUAUCGAGGUACGCUAUAAUACGCUAUCCGUUUUUCCACCGUUCACGUAUACGGAUACGGAUUCACGCUCGCUUAUAACUUACCGGCUCGGGGUAGUUAAGUACUUGUUACAAAGACGUACCUACUUUUAACGACCAUCGCGAGUCGCGAAUCACGAAUUAUACUUAUAGCGAAGGAUAUAGGGAUAAAUAAAGGAGAAGAGAAUGAACAAGAUGAAAACAAUACGCAGGCAGAAGCAGGUAUACCUAGAUACGAAUAUCGCGAUGCCUCCUGCAAUCUUGACGCGAUCUUAUUAUCCUAAUUGAAUAUUCGCACUUUAUAGCAGUUGAUCUGCUAAUUGAAAGUUUAUCGUAUAAUACUAUAUGGUUCGCCGGAGCGCGUACUUGUUGAGACAUAAAUAAAUAAUAUAAGCCUGGAGAAAGGAUGAUAAUUAAAUGAAUGACGAUGAAUAAAUAAUGAUAGCUGCAGUUGUGUCGUACAAUAUUUUGUAUGUCUAUCGUGAUAUAUAUUAGACAUAAACACACGCCUGCGUAUAUUUGAGUAAACUAUAUACGUUUCAGGUUCUACCGACUGUGAGUAUAUCUGUAUGUAUCUCCGCAGAUGUAUUCACAAGGCAAAGGGAAUAACGGUAGCAUUACAAAUAAAGUGAAACAGUCGGUCAUCCUUCCCCAUUAGUACGUCCUUAAUGAAUCUUUCUGUCCUCUACACCUCUUCACCGUCGUACCAAUUCCCUCGCCCCGGCCAACUCACCUUUAUUAAGCAUAUAGGUAGACGUAAUUAAGAGCUGAAAAAGCAAAGAAGACAAAUGGAAUAUCACUCUGAUAUUAUACAAUUUAUAAAUACAUAUACAUAUGUGCAUAUAUGUAUGUAUAAGGAUACCCGGUAUCUCUGAAAAGGUACUAAACCGUAACUCUUUUCUUCCAAAAAAUGUUCUCAUUGAAUGAAUUAUUGAUAUCAAAGAAAUAAUAGUAAUAAUAAUAGUAAUAAUAGUCUUAGAGAUACCGGGUUUUUUAUUCUACUGCUAUGUAGUGAUAAUUUUUCCAUUAAGUUUACUAAUUUGCGUACUCUCGGAGCUCGGACCAGCGAUCUUACUUAUUUAACCAGCAUGUGUAUUUAAAAUAUAUGCAUGUAUGUGUAUAUAUAAAUAUUUAUAGUAUAUUUAUUGUUGCUGUUCUAAGUGUAAAGAAAAAAAGAAGACGAAGAAAAUAACAGCUAUUACACGUUAUAAUAUCAUACAUUAUUAUAUGUAUAGUCUUGAACUCUUCCAAAAUGUUAGAUACCGUAUGUUGUCAUUAUUGUGAGGUAUAUGAUUCACUGUGAUUUAAUACUGGGUCGUUUUUUGGUCACUUAAGGGGGUAUACGCUGCAUUUUUAUUAAUUUUAAAAAUAUUAUUAUUACCACUAUUAUUAUAUUUACAAUUAUUAUUUUAUCAUUAUUAUUAUCAUCAUCAUUAUUCUUUUUAGAGAAAUAAAUCUAGAAUUUAUGCCCUGAAUUUCUACCUAUCUGGAUAACUGUCGAUAUCUCCUAAAUUUAUUGCGGAUAAAUCGCUGAUUAUCUUCGAUAUUUAUCGCGCAUUAAUUGUACGCAUAGGCGUCGACUUUUAUAUAACCCAGAUGCUGCUUUACAGCAAGUGGCUGUGGGCGGAAGGACGGGCACUGUAAAACAUGAACCAUUUUGAAAGCAUAAAUCUUAAAUCCAGAAACUGACAACUUGCCUUAAAAAUUAACAAAUUAUUGGAAACAUUAAAUACUUCGAAACAUGUGACACAAUAUAUUUAUAACUAUGAAAUCCUGGUUUUGUCAGGGGUUGCUCGAGCACGUGAGCAACCCCGGAGUUGGCGCCUAUGUAUGUAUAUGUUGAAAAUAACGUUUUUUUUUUCUAAAACUAACUCGAUAUUAGGCUUUGUCUCUGCGUAAAGUAAUUGUUUUUUUACGAAAACGUAGCCAGAAACAGUUGUAUAAAUACGUUUUCGCGGUGAAAAAUUCAAAAUCUCACAGAAGUUAGUAUUUGCCAGGUGAGUUUCAAAGGUUCAUAGCGGUGCAGAACAUUCCUGAAACAAAGUUUUAACUCAAAUUAUUGUUAGAUAUGUACUGUAAAUAUGCAUACUUCAACGAUCAUACGGCAGUCAAUGCCAAAGUGGCGUUUUAAGAUUUAAUUCUAAAUUUUCAACUCAAGUUUUAUUGAUAAUACUGAACAUUCAAAAUUAACGAUGUCUAGAUUUCAUUUAUCUAUAGUUAGAAACUUGCAUUUAUAGGUACAAGUAAUCGGGGAAGAAAUUGGGUUUCGCGCUAAAUUGACGAUGUGGAUUGGUUUCAUAACUUGCACUCGCUUCCUGAAAAUCGAAAUGCGAUAUUUCGAAGGCUUUGGCGUAAUUGAAGUGUCAGAUUAUACCCCCUUAAUUUGAGUAAAAAUGUGAAUUCGAGGAUCUGCGGAAACCUUCGCAGACAAUAUGUCGAGGAACGAGGAUUCCUCGGACGUAUCUAUAGCCGAAAAGCACUCGAUAAGCUGCGGCGAUACUAAAUUGCAAAGUCACCUAAAAUCUAACUGAAUUAAUCACCGCAAGCCGGUUCUUUUUGAAAUUUUUCUCCUCGUCAAUGAACUAAAAUUAAUCAAACCUUAUAUACGGUUGUGAUUAUUUAUUGUUCCACGAUAAUACGAGAAGAGGGCUCAAUAUUGGCCUAUAUUGGAUUCUGCGUAUUGAUUGAAGAAAUUUUUUCACAAAAACAGGUCGGUGUAAUAUAAAAUAUAAAUCAAUCUUACUGCGAAUCAAACCAAGGGGCCGAAGGCUUCUUAAAGUACGUUGUUCAGGUGUGCUUAGUUACCAUUAGCCGCCCCAUUCUAUGCGAAUAUAGGUAGAGGAAAAUUAAAGACCAGAAAUUUGUUUUCAAUACAAAACUAUAAUCGCUCUGGCGGUGAAAAUCGUUCGUUCGACGUGCAAAUCAUGCAGAUCAAAUACCGUACGUCGUUUGAAACAGACUUAUAAAUAUAUAUUAUUAUUACUAUAUAUACAAGUGUCAUCCAAGUGAAUUAUAACAUCUACGUUAUGUAUAUUUCGUCAUACUCAAUACAGCAGGUGAUAAUGAAACGUGUUACCAUAAAAUACGUGAUUUCCACGCAUAUUUCAUCUUAAUAGUAUAAUCUGUAUUUUUUGUGUACGGCUUUCCAAUACUUGUCUAAUAAUAUUAAUAUUGAUACUUGUUCUUCUAUUAUUAUUCUUAUUAUUGCCGCCAUUAUUAUUAAUAUUAUUACUAUCGUACGCCUGUGCGUAACAGCAAUCUUUGGUAAAGACAUCAUUAUCGGAUAUAUUGAGUACCGACUUGAUAUUUGUACACAACGAAGAGAUGUGGAAAUAACAUAUAAUGUGCGGAAUUCGAUACAGUAACAAAUCUCGACUCUAUAUGUGUUUCACGACGCCGUAGCGUCGCGCCUGGGCUCUUAUUUAUUUAUUAUAAUUGUCACUAUAAUAAUUAAACAUAAUAAUAAUAAUAUUAAUUAUUAUUGUUAUACUCAGAGAGAAAAG